AUGAUCUUGCAGGUGAUGGGGAAAGCCGCACCCCCAAGAGGGCCCGGUCCCAAGUGGCUGCUGGGCGUUUUGGUGUGGAUCUCACUCUGGGAGACGCUGGCACUGACACGUGGGCGGUGGUGCGAGAGGACAGUCCAGGUGACGGAGGAGGAAGUGGUCAGCCCCCGGCGUGAGGAAGUGGUGCCCUGCUCCGAUGUCUACCAGUACAACAUGGCGGGCUGGCAUCUGGACCGAGGCAGGAUGCACCAAGCCUAUGGCAGAGAGGGAAGCCACUCCCAGGUGGGAUCCAGCACCACCCUCUGCUACAUCUACAAGCCCGAGGACACGAGGCCCCUGGUGUGGAACCGCACAGUGCGCGCUUGCUGUGAGGGAUGGAGUGGACCCCAUUGCUCAGAAGGAAUGGGGCUGGCAGGCCGCUGCUUUUCCACCUGGCAGUGCCAGGACGUGCCAGGGAUGCAGAAUCUCUCAUUGGUCAGCAUAGACGAGUGCUGCGGCCGCCCUGGGGGGCACAGCUGGAAGAACUCCUCCUCCGGCAUCUGCUUCAGCUGCUCCUACGUGCCCAAGAAAGCCCCCUCGGCGCUUCUGGCUCGUUCGGGGCAUCUCCGGCGGGCCUUUGCCACCUGCGUGACCUGGGCGGGCAUCCACUAUCGCAGCUUUGACGGCAAACAUUUCCGCUUCCACGGGAACUGCACGUAUACCUUUGCCGCCGCGUCUGACGGUACCUGGGCUGUCCAAGUCUCCUCUGGUCGGGGGGGCUGCUUGCCCGGCCUCUGCCACAGGGCCCUCCACAUGCUGUUCGGACUCGACUCAGUAGAGGCUGAGGGGCGGAGCGUCUCCGUGAACGGUGCCGCGGUGCUAGAGGGGGAGCCACGGAUGCAAAAAGGGAUCAGCAUCUGGUGGCUGGGAGACUUCCUCUUUGUGGAGAGCGGCCUGGGUGUUCGGAUCAAGUUUGACGGGCGCGACACCGUCUACAUUACUGUAGGGGCAGAGCUGAGAGGCGUCACACAAGGGCUGUGCGGACUCUACAACGACGACCCUGCAGAUGACUUCCUGCGAGUGGGAGGGGACACAGUCACGUUGGCAAAUAGUUUUGGCAAUUCGUGGCGCAUCCCAGAUGCUGCAUCGAGUUCCUGCACAGAUGCUGCAGAGGAGACGCACCGCUGUGAUCUGGGGGGAGGACAUGCCACUCAGCAGGAGGCGGAGUCAGUGUGCCAGAGACUGAUGUCCAGCCCUUUCAGCCAGUGCCACUCAGAGGUGGACCCCAGCGGAUUCUAUGACACCUGCGUGUACUUGCAGUGCAGUGGAGCCGGGACGGAGGCCUUCUGCGAGACCUUUGCCAGCUAUGCCCGCGAGUGUGCCCAGCAGCGCAUUUAUCUCAACUGGAGGCAGCCUGGAUUCUGUGAGAAGUCGUGCGGCCGAGGGAAAGUGUACUCGGACUGCGUCUCCUCGUGCCCUGCCAGCUGUGCCGCCGUGGGUCCUGCCGAGGAAGGAGGCUGCCGGGACGAGUGUGUGAGCGGCUGCGAAUGCCCCCCGGGCCUCUACCUGGAGGAGGGGGCCUGCGUCCCAGAGAGCCACUGCCCCUGCUUCCACCGGCGUCAGAAGUAUGCCCCGGGAGAGACCUUGCAGCAGCGCUGCAACCAGUGCACAUGCCAAGGGGGCCACUGGCUCUGUUCCCAAGACCAGUGCGCCGGAGAAUGCGCCAUGCUUGGUGACUCUCACUACCUGACCUUCGAUCGCAAGCGCUACUCCUUCCAUGGUGCCUGCCACUACUUCCUGGUGCAGGAUUUUGUGGAUGGGAAGCUGCAGGUUUCUGCAGAGAACGAAGCCUGUGGAAACCAGGGAGCUGGGAGCUGCCUCCAGGCCGUGACCGUCACUGUGCACAAGGUGUCUGCUCGGCUGUCCCUCGCAGCAGCGUCCUUUAAGCGACAACGAGGAUUGACGAGAAUGGGGUUUCUGGAACUGCCUCAGACCGAGCCAAUAAUAAUGUCUCUCCCUGCCUCUGCCCCACAGCCCUGCCAUGACCGGGUGGAGAGAGAGCCCUUCUUCCAGCUCUGUCUCCAGGACGUGUGCGGCUGCUUGGCUGGUCAGGACUGCCUCUGCAGGGCGGUGGCUGCCUAUGCCCGAGAGUGUGCCCAGGAGGGAGUGCCGGUCUCCUGGAGGAACCGGAGCUUCUGCUCGGUGCAGUGCUCUGGGGGCCAGGUCUACCAAGAAUGUGCGGCCCCCUGCGGACUGACGUGUGCUGACCGGCGCAUGGAAGCGCUUGCCGCUUGCCGGGAUCUGGAUGGGCUCUGUGUGGCUGGAUGCAACUGCCCAGCAGGCCUGGUCCUAGACGACGAUGGUCAGUGCGUCCGGCCGGAGACGUGCCCCUGCAUGGAUGGGGAGGAGGCGCUUCCGCCUGGCAGCGAGAUCCGGAAAAGCUGCAACACCUGCAUCUGCACGGGCGGGGCCUGGAACUGCACCAAGGAGAGCUGCCCCCUGGCCGUGGUCUGUCCUGGGGAGCUGGUCUUCGCCUACGGCUCCUGCCUGCGCACUUGCGAGAGCCCCGAGGGCAACCUCAGCUGCUCGGGCCUCUCUGACGGCUGCGUCUGCCCCCCGGGCACUGUCCUCUUGAACCAGCACUGCGUCUCCCCGGAGGAGUGCCCCUGUCACCACAACGGCCGGCUGUACCAGCCCAACGACACCAUCGCCAAGGACUGCAACACCUGCACUUGCCGCAAUCGGCGCUGGGAGUGCAGCCGCCACCACUGCAGCGGGAUGUGUGUUGCCACGGGGGACCCCCACUACAUCACCUUUGAUGGGCGGGCCUACAGCUUCCUGGGGGACUGCGAAUACAUCCUGGCGCGGGAGGGUAGCGGGGCCUUCAGCGUCACUGCUGAGAAUGUGCCGUGUGGGACCAGCGGCACCACCUGCACCAAGUCCGUCCUGGUGCUCGUUGGCAACACUGUGAUCCACCUCCUCCGAGGAAAAGAUAUAACAGUGAACGGGGUCUCGGUGCGGCCCCCCAAGACUUACACUGGGAACGGCCUGACCUUUGAGAGAGCCGGGCUCUUCAUCGCUCUCAUCUCCCGUGUGGGGCUGACAGUGCUCUGGGACGGAGGCACUCGGGUCUACGUCAAGCUGGACGCCAAGUACCAGGGCCGUGUGGCAGGCCUGUGUGGGAACUUCGAUGGGGACACAGAGAACGACUUCGUCAGCAGGCAGGGUAUCGUCGAGCCCACCGCCGACCUCUUUGGCAACUCCUGGCGGGUCAGCCUGCUGUGCCCGGAGGUCAACAGCGAGGACUUUGAGCACCCGUGCACGGUGAACUCCCACCGGGUGACCUGGGCUCGGAAGCGCUGCGGGAUCCUGCUGCAGGACCUCUUUGCCCCCUGCCGCGAGGAGCUCCCCUGCCAGCAGUUCUACGAGUGGUGUGUCUUUGACGCCUGCGGGUGUGACUCGGGGGGAGACUGUGAGUGCCUGUGCACGGCCAUUGCCACUUAUGCCGAGGAGUGCAGCAAGCGGGGCGUGGCCGUGCGCUGGAGGAGCCAGGAGCUGUGCCCCCUGCAGUGUGACCAUGGGCUGGAGUACGAUCCCUGUGGCCCUGCCUGCCCCCAGUCCUGCAAGAACUUUGGCCUGGAGCCCCCCGAACACUGCCAGGCCCUCACCUGCGUGGAGGGAUGCUUCUGCCCGGAGGGGAAGGUGUCGCAUGAUGGCCAAUGCAUCGACCCCUCCGAGUGCCCCUGUUACUGGGAGGGCACCGUGUUCCCCCUGGGCGCUCUGGUGAUGCAGGAGUGCAGGAACUGCUCGUGCGAGGCAGGCUUGUGGCAAUGCACGGCGCCGCUGGAGCAGUGCGCCCCCGCACCCCACUGCUGCGGGCCGGCCUGUCAGCCCGGCGAGUUCCGGUGCGCAGUCGGGCGCUGCUUGCCGUACCUCCACCGCUGUGACGGACACGAUGACUGCGGAGACUUCAGCGACGAGCGGGACUGCGUGUGCCCCCCUGGGGACUUCCAGUGUCCGGAUGGCCAGUGUCUCUCCCAAGCUCUGGUCUGCGACAGCAAGCAGGACUGUCCCACCGGAGCGGACGAGGCCUUCUGCCCAGGCCAAGUGACCUGUGCCCCUGGACAGCUGCCUUGUCCAGACGGCGUCUGCUUGAGCCGCGUGCAGGUGUGUGACGGAGUGCGGGACUGCUCUGACGGUGCAGAUGAGAACCCGGCUCAGUGUUGGCUGGUCCAAACCACUCCCCUGGCGGCCACGGUUCCCUCAAGUCUCCCUGUGACUCCCCAACCACCUGUCGACAGGACCCUGGUGCCACCCUGUGGCCGGUACGAGUUCCACUGCCACAGCGGGGAAUGCCAGCCGCGCGGCUGGGUGUGCGACGACGAAGCCGACUGCCUGGACGGCAGCGACGAACUGAACUGCAGCCGCCCGUGUGGGCUCGACCAGUUCCCCUGCCAGCUUGGCAACGAAUGCAUCCACUACAGCCGCCUGUGUGACGGAGCGUCCCACUGCCAGGACCAGUCCGACGAGAGCGUCGACACCUGUGGCUCCACCCAGAUCCCGCCCUGCCCGGGGUUCUUCAUUUGCAACAACCGCAUGUGCAUCAAUGUCUCCAGGGUGUGUGACGGUUCCCCCGACUGUCCCCAGGGAGACGACGAGCUGGCCUGUGCAAGCCGCGUGGCUCCACCCGGCGAGAGGAACCGAACGGAGGGACCCUGCGCAGAAUACUCCUGCGGGGACGGCGGCUGCAUUGCCUUUAAACAGGUGUGCAACGGUCUGGCCGACUGUGCUGACGGCAGUGAGGCCUCUGGCUGGCUCCCAUCAGACGAGUGGGACUGUGGCCUCUGGGCCCCUUGGGCCCCCUGGAGCUCCUGUAGCCGCUCCUGCGGAACCGGCCUCCAGGUCCGCCGGAGGACCUGCACCAGGCGGGCAGACGACGUCCUGCGGCACUGCCUGGGCGAGGAGACCCAGGCGCAGCAGUGCUUCGCGGUGGCCUGCCCAGUGGACGGCACGUGGACUGAGUGGACGGCGUGGUCGAACUGCACGCGGGACUGCCGUGGGGUGGUGGUGCGACGCCGGGAGUGCCUGCCGCCCCAGAACGGGGGCCGCCACUGCACAGAGACGCCAGAGGCUUCCUCCAGCACCGUCGAGAUCAAGCCCUGCCAACUGGAAGGAUGCCGCAACGCUUCCACCUGCCCCGGGGAGCUGGUGAGCCGGAAGUGCGCCCCCUGCCCCACCUCCUGUGCGGAGCUCUCCAGCCGCACCAGGUGCAAGAAGGACAGAUCGUGCAGCCCAGGUUGCUGGUGCCCCGAAGGGCUGCUUUUGGAUAGCGAGCAGCGCUGUGUGCGCCCGCGGGAAUGCCCUUGCCAGGUGGAGGGCACCCGCUACUGGCCUGGCCAGCUGGUGAAGGUCAACUGCCGGAUCUGCACGUGCCAGGAUGGGCAGAUGAAGCGCUGCCGGCAAAACCCGGAGUGCACAGUGAACUGCGGCUGGUCGUCCUGGUCCCCCUGGGGCGAGUGCCUGGGUCCCUGCGGGGUGCAGAGCAUCCAGUGGUCCUUCCGCAGCCCCAACAACCCCAGCAAGCAUGGGAACGGGCGCCAGUGCCGUGGCAUCUACCGGAAGGCCCGCAGGUGCGAGACGGAGCCGUGCGAGGAGUGUGAGCACCACGGCCGGACCCACGCCAUCAGCGACCGCUGGCGGUCAGGGCAGUGCCAAGUGUGCCAGUGCCUGCCCAACCUGACGGUGCAGUGUUCCCAGUAUUGCCCCUACACCACCGUGGCCUGCCCCGAGGGCCGAGUCCUCGUGGAGGGCCGAGGAGACGCCUGUUGCUACUGCAGGGAAGCUGGUGAGAACCAAACGGCCAUGCCCACCGAGCCAGCAGUCACGCCCCUGGGGCCCAGUGGGGCCAGCCCAGCUGCCGUCACCACACCCGUGCCGCUCAGCACCUUCCCUCUGCCCCCGCUUGGUGACCUCUGCUACAGCCCCCUGGGCAUCGCCUCCUUGCCAGACACCAGCUUCAGCGCCUCCUCACAACAGCCAGAGAACCCGGCGCAUGCGGCUCGCCUCAACCGUGUCCUGCCCCACUCGGAUUUGCAGGGGUGGGGCCCCCAAGCAGACGUGUAUCCUGAGCUGCUCUCCCGGCCCCCCUUCUUGCAUGUGGAUCUGGGGGAGCCCAGAAACCUUACAGGGGUAGUGGUGCAAGGAGCCGGAUCCUCCGAUGCCUACGUGACCAGCUUCUUCCUGCAGUUCAGUCCGGAUGGCACGAGAUGGCAUGACGGCUCUGAGAUGUCCCCACUGUUCCAGGGGAACUCAGAUGACUCGACCCCUGUGGUGCGGACCUUCCAGCAUGUGGUGCUCGCCCGGCAUGUCCGCAUCCUGCCUCACGACUUCCACAACGGGAUCUUCUUGCGCAUGGAGCUGUUGGGCUGUGGGAAAGUGUCUCCAGAGCUCCCUGUGACCCCGUCUCGAGUGCCAGGGGGGAGGCCUUGCCGAACAGGCGAGUUCCAGUGCCAGAACGGAGGCUGCGUCCCUGCAGGGCCUAACGGCGCCAUCUGCAACGGAGUCAACGACUGCGGGGACUUCUCUGAUGAACUCCGCUGUGGAGCUGCCCCUUCGCUGUCGCCUGCCACCCCGCAGGUCUGCCUGCCCUCCCAGUUCCACUGUGCCUUAGCCAACGUCUGCAUCGAGGUGGCCCAGAGAUGCGAUGGGGCCCCCCACUGCCCAGAUGCCACGGAUGAGGCCGGCUGCAUCUCCACGACCAGAGUUCCCCCCGUCAGAAUUUCCCCACCCGUGGUGCUUCCACACUGUCAUUUCAAUUGCCACGAGAAGACUCAUUCCUUCCUGCACUGUUUCUUUCAGCCCGUGGACCCUCGAGAGGCCGUCUGUGCCCUACGCGACCCAGAUCUCUGCAGCCAACCCCUUGGCCUGGGCGACGGACGCAUUCUCAGCCAGCAACUGAGCUCCUCUUCCUACCUAGACGGUAGCCCUCCAGAUGCCGGCCGCCUCAGCGCCACGCCCAAUGCGCAGGACUCAGACGUGGGCUGGAGCCCCCACCAGGCUGACCCCAGCCCCUACUUCCAGGUGGACUUCCGGCGGCCCACCUUCAUCACGGCGGUGGUCACACAGGGCGGGGGCCCGGUGGGGGGCUUUGUCACCCACUACCGGCUGGCCUAUAGCAAGGACGGUGUCCACUUUCAGAACUACACAGGGGCAAGGCCCAGCGCGGCAGCCUCCCAGCACGCCCAGGUUCUGGACGGCAACUCCGACAGGUCCACUCCGGUGCACCAGGAGCUGAGCCCGCCCGUCUUGGCCCGCGUCCUGCGCCUGCUGCCCACCGCCCACCACGGCAGCAUCUCCCUGCGGAUGGAGGCCCUCGGCUGCUCCUGGAAAGCAGAGCCUGUGGGCGAUGCAACGACCCCCUACGGCAGGGUCCGAGUCCCCGGAACAGCCGGCACGGAGCUCCCCCACAGGGGGCCGGUCUCCUUCCCGUGGAAGCUCACUGGGACACCUGGCCUGACUCAGGAGUUCCAGCACUUUGGAGUAGCGACCAUGAAGCCCGGAGAGACGCCAGCCCCUGCGACAGGCGGACCUGGGAUCGAGGUCUCCAAGCGGCCCCGAGAACCCACCAUGCCUGCUGCCUCUCCCACGGGGACUUCCAGCCUCUCCUGGCCCCUUUCUCAAGGACUGGAGCAGCGGCUGGCACCCACUGUGCCAAGCGUCACGUCCGGAAGCCCCGGCGACAUGGGUCUGCCUGGACUCCGCACCCUCCCGUACCAGCCCAGUCUACCAGGGCUGGGACCCACAUUCGCAGGGCCCACCCGCACCCGAGGCCCCGACAUGCCCCGGAUCCUUUGCACUCAGGGGCAGUUUGCCUGUGAGCUGUUUGGUUGCGUGGAGGCGUCCUUUGUGUGUGACGGCCAAGAGGACUGUCUGGAUGGCUCUGAUGAGAUGCGCUGCGGCGGCCCGACAGUUGCACCCGUCCCUACAGCGGCUCCCCUCUCUCCACUGGGCCCUCCCAGCGCCUGUUCCGCCAAGCAGUUCUCCUGUGGCAGCGGGGAAUGCCUGGCCCUUGAGAGGCAUUGCGACCUUCGCCCGGAUUGCCAGGACGGGUCUGACGAGGCCAACUGUGUGGACUGCAUCUUGUCUGCCUGGACCUCUUGGAGCGAGUGCAGCCGAUCCUGCGGGUUGGGAGUGACCUUCCGCCGCCGGGACUUGCUCCGCCAUGCCCUCCCCGGGGGCCAGUGCGACCGAGACGAGUUUGACAGCCGCUCCUGCUUCCACCGGGCUUGCCCAGUGAACGGCGCCUGGGCCUCCUGGGGCGAGUGGUCCGACUGUGAUUGUAAAUCUGCAGACUGUGGCCGGGACAUGGUCUACGUGCAGGCCGGGCACUGCCAGCGAGGCCUGGUGGCUCCGUGCCCCCAAUCAUGCCAGCAGCUGAGUGCCGAGUCGAACUGUCACAGCAGCUGCGUUGAGGGCUGCCGGUGCCCCCCAGGGCUCUUCCUGCAGGACGGAGGCUGCGUGAACAUCAGCCAGUGCCACUGCUUCUUUGGCCACGAGCGGCGUCUCCCGGGGGAGAUGUUCCUGAGACACAACUGCAGCCAGUGUGUCUGUUUGGAUGGCACGGUGACCUGUGACUCAGUGGCCUGCCCCGUGAACUGUGGCUGGUCCGCGUGGUCUCCGUGGACGCCCUGCAGCCGGAGCUGUGGGGUGGGGAUGCAGCAGAGAUUCAGAUCCCCCUCUAACCCAGCCCCCGCCAACGGCGGUGCCCCAUGCCAAGGAGAUGCCCAGGAAGUGCAUGAGUGCCACACCGCCUGCGUCUCAGAAAUCCCCAGCACCUGGAGUGACUGGACCCCCUGGUCUCCCUGCUCCAAGACCUGCUUCUACGCCAUGGAUGGCGUGGGGGUGAGGAAGCGAUUCCGGCACUGCAAUGGCACGGCAGAGACAGUGGGCUGUGAUGGGGACACAGCACAGGAGGAGCCCUGCGACACGCCCCCCUGCCCAGUGGAAGGCAUCUGGACCCCCUGGACAGCCUGGUCCGAAUGCUCCGCUCGAUGUGACUCGGGGGUUCGGACGCGCAACCGCUCCUGCUCCAACCCGGCCUACGGGGGCCCUGAGUGCUCCGGGCCUCUCGUCCAGACUCGUGACUGCAACACACAGCCCUGCAAAGCACGGUGCCCAGGGAACAUGGUCCACCGGACGGCCGAGGAGUGCCGGGAGAAGGGAGGGGCCUGCCCGCGCCUCUGCCUGGACCGGGGCACCCGGGUGGAAUGUGCCUCCCAGUGCACCGAGGGCUGCUCCUGUCCCGAUGGCCUCUUCCUUCAGGAUGACACCUGCGUGCCCCUCAGCGAGUGCCCGUGCUACCACCAGGGGGAGCUCUACCUGCCGGGGGACACCCUCUCGCUCGACUCCUGCAACAACUGCACCUGCCUUGAUGGGGAGAUGGUGUGUGACACGGAGCCCUGCCCGGUGGACUGCGGCUGGAGCACCUGGACCCCCUGGAGCACCUGCAGCCGCACCUGCAACGUGGGCACCCGCCGCCGCUUCCGCUCUGGCUCCGAGCCGGCAGCCUCUGCCGGAGGACACCUCUGCCAGGGGCCCAACGUGGAGAUUGAGUUCUGCAGCCUGCAAGCCUGUCCUGGCUCCGGCACGGAAUGGGGUCCUUGGUCACAGUGUUCGGUGCCGUGUGGAGGCGGCUACCGGAACCGCACACGGGCCAGCACCGUCCUGCGCAGGAUCGACUUUGCCACCUGCAACCUUCACCCCUGCACAGGUGACGUCCCAGGCCAGUGCCCAGAUGGCAAGGUGUGGCAGGAGUGUGCUGAGGGACCGGCCUCUUGCGCAGAGCUCAGCACGGAACCCGCAACCAACGGGACCUGUCAGCCCGGCUGCUUCUGCCCCAGGGGGACUGUCCUGCUGAACAGUCUCUGCGUGCCAGAGGAGGAGUGCCCGUGUGCCCAAGAUGGGGUGCUGUAUGCCCCCGGAGAGCAAGUCCCCAAGGGCUGCGAGAACUGCUCCUGCAUUGCCGGACGGGUGGGCAACUGCUCCCGAGCGGCCUGCGGGGACGUGAACGGCCAGUGGUCUGAAUGGACCCCCUGGAGCAAGUGUUCAGCCGCCUGUGGCCUGGGGCUCCAGAACCGCUUCCACUUCUGCACAAGCCCCCCUCCGUCUGGGAUGGGAGUGCCCUGCCUCGGGCCCGAGCGCGAAGACAAGCCCUGCCAAGUCCAGCCGUGUGCCAGGAGCGGGGCCUGGGGGGAGUGGAGCCCCUGGACCGGCUGCACCGUCAGCUGCGGGGGAGGCAUGCGGAGCCGGAGGAGAGCCUGCGACAGCCCCGCCCCACAGAGCGGAGGGGACUACUGCGAGGGGCCUCCCGCCCAGGUGGAGGCCUGCCACUCGGACCCCUGCCCAGUGCUGGACUGCUCCACCGUGGAUGGCUCCGUGUACAGCAGUUGUGGCCCCUCUUGUCCCCGCACCUGUGACGACAUCUCGCACUGCCUCUGGACCUGUGAGCCCGGCUGCUACUGCACUGGUGGGAAAGUUCUGGACAGGAACGGCACGGCCUGCGUGGAGAAGCACAGCUGCCUCUGCCUGGACCUGCUCUCUGGCCACCGGUACCUGCCAGAACAGACCAUCCCUCACACUGACGGCUGUAACACCUGCACCUGUUCCCAAGGGAAGCUGACCUGCACUAACCUGGUCUGCGCAGCUCCGGGAAGCUGGUGCGACUGGUCCCCUUGGAGCCCCUGCUCUAGGACAUGCGGCAGUGAGAUGGUGACCCGCUACCGUACCUGCAGCUGCCCCAGGCCCCAGAAUGGGGGCCCCGAGUGUGAAGGGAUGCAAGAGUAUCACGGCGGCAGCGGAGUGCAGCUCGAGAGGAAGGAGUGCCCUGCGGCCACUUUCUGUCCAGUGGACGGGGGCUGGAGUUCGUGGAGCCCCUGGACCGCCUGCGACGCCUGCCUGGGGGAGUCCGUGCGGAGCAGGGAGUGCACCAACCCGCCUGCCCGCUUUGGGGGCCUGCCCUGCCCAGAGGAGGCCCGGCAGAGCCGCCCGUGCCACGAUGGAGCCACCGUGUGUGAAGACUGCGGCGGAGGCCAGGUGUCCUUCCCGUGCGGCAAGCCCUGCCCGCGCACCUGCGAGGACCUGCACCCCGACACCACCUGCCUGGAGAGCCUGCAGUGCCAGCCGGUGUGUGCCUGCCCAGAGGGGCAGCUGCUCCAGGAUGGCGCGUGCAUCUGGCCCGCUCAGUGCCGCUGCAAGUACCGUGCCAGCUGGUUGGGUGCCCCCGAGGGACGCAACCUUUCUUCCUGGUCGGGCCUGGCUCCCUGGGAGUACGCCGAGCCAGGGGAGGACAUCUAUGGGCCUUGCCAGAACUGCACUUGCGUGGCCGGACGCCUGCGGUGCCACGUGGACCCCUCGUGUCACCUGCACGGCGGCUGGAGCACCUGGGGGCCGUGGUCACCCUGCACCGUGUCCUGCGGUGGGGGAGAGCAAGUGCGCAGCCACCGGUGUCGCCAGCCAGAGUGCCAUGGCUUGGCCACGCAGAGCAAGACAUGCAACACACAGGUGUGCCUGGAGGCGGGGUGUCCAGUGGGGCGUUUGUACCGGGAGUGCCUGAAGGAGGAGGGGUGUCCCUACAGCUGCGCCCACCUCACCCGUCAGAUGGACUGCUUCUCAGAGGGCUGCGAGGAGGGGUGCCACUGCCCAGUGGGCACCUACCAGCACCGUGGGGCUUGUGUCCAGGAAUGUCCCUGCGUCAUGACCGAGGGAGCCCUGAAGAUGUUCCGGAACCACUCCUCCGAUCAUCCCGGCGGCUCUCCUGCUGCCUUGCAGAGUUGGCUGCCUUCCCUUGGGGAGGAGGUGCCGCCAAACACCACCAUCCAUUCUGCCUGCAGCAACUGCUCCUGUCACAACGGACAGCUGACCUGUGUUUUCUCCCUCUGCCCCGUGGAUGGCGGCUUCACCCCAUGGAGCCCAUGGACACCCUGCUCGUUGACCUGUGGGGGGCUGGGGAACAUGACCAGGUCACGCGAAUGCAACAAUCCCUCGCCUGCCAGUGGGGGGAAGGAGUGCCUUGGCCCCCGAGUUGACAUUAGGUACUGCCAGACACCAGAUUGCCAAGUUCUGGCCGGUCCCACGAAAGAGCCCGUCUCUGGCACCCCAGGUGGCUUCACCCCCUGGUCCCCCUGGACUCCCUGCUCCAAGACCUGCACCGACCCAGACCUCCCAGCCCUCAAGACCCGCAUGCGCUUCUGCCCCGGAGGGGCCAACUGCACGGGAGACGCAUUCCAGGAGCGAGAGUGCAAUUUGCCCCAGUGCACAGACACCCCGCUGUGCCAGGGUGAGGCGUGCUUGGACGUGAACUGCACCUGGAACCCCUGGUCCCCAUGGAGUGAAUGCUCCCGCACCUGCGGGGCUGGGCAGCAGCGGCGCCUGCGCACCUACAACCCGCCUGGGCAAGGCGGGCAUUGGUGCCAGGACAUCCUGGUGGCCAACACUGAGCGGCGUUUCUGCAACCUGCAGGCCUGCAAAGUGGACGGCGCCUGGUCCAAGUGGAGCCCCUGGUCCUGGUGCGACCGCAGCUGUGGCGGGGGACGCUCAGCACGCACGCGGAUUUGCACCAGCCCCCCACCCAAGAACGGAGGGCGCCCCUGCCCUGGCGAGAAGUACCACGUGCGGGUCUGCAACCCUCAGCCCUGUGAAGAGAGCUGCCCGCCAGGGAUGCACCAGACAGACUGUGCCAGUAAGUGCCCGCGCCACUGCUGGGACCUCCAAGAAGGCAUUGUGUGCCAGGACGGGGAGGACUGUGAACCUGGCUGCCGAUGCCCAGAUGGGACGCUGGAGCAGGACGGCGCCUGCAUCUCUCCAGACCACUGCGAGUGCACCGAUGCCCAGGGGCACAGCUGGGCACCAGGCAGCACCCAUGAUGAUGGCUGCAACAACUGCUCCUGCACCGAGGGGCGACUCCUCUGCACCAAUGACACCUGCCCCCCUGGCGACUGUGCCUGGAGCCUCUGGUCUACCUGGUCCCCCUGCAGCGCCACCUGCGGGAGCGGCCGACACACCCGCUUCAGGACCGCCACGUCUGGCUCAUGGGACUCAGAGUGCCUGAAAGAGCAGCUGCAGACCCGCCACUGUGCCCCGGGCCCCUGCCCUCCGCUGUGUUUGCGCGAGGACGAAGAGAUGCAGCUGGGUAGCAUGUGGCUUCUGGGAGAGUGCCAGCAAUGCAUCUGCACCCCGGAGGGCGUCUACUGCAUGGACAUUGCAUGUGCAGUUCAUGGAGCCUGGACCCCCUGGUCGCCCUGGUCCGACUGCCCUGUCACCUGCGGCCGCGGCACCCAGAUCCGCACCCGGGCAUGCAUCAACCCCCCACCACGCAACAAUGGCUCCCCCUGCCCCGGCCCUGAGACGCAGGCUCAGAACUGCACCGCCCAGCCUUGCCCAGGGGCUGAGCUCUGCCAGUGGUCCCCCUGGAGUCAGUGUUCAAGGUCCUGUGGCACGGGCUUGACCGCCCGUACAGGGGUGUGUGCCUGCCCGCCCUCUGAGGCAACUGGGGUUCCUUGCAAGAAUGAGACCCGCCAGGAUAUGCAGGCGUGCUAUCUCUGGGCCUGCGAAGAUUGUCCCUGGAGUUCCUGGACGCGGUGGACUGAGUGUUCGUGCAGCUUCCUGGUACAGCAGCGAUACCGGAACCAGCAGGGCCUGGAGCCUGACGGGGAGCCCUGCGUGGGCUUGGAUGGGCAGUUCCGCAUGUGUGACUAUUCCCAGUGCUCGGAGUCCAGCUGUGAGGCCCCCUUUGAGUUCCAGGAGUGCGGCUCCCCCUGCGACAGCCUCUGCUCCACCCUCCAGCACCCGGAGCUGUGCCAGGACAUCCCCCGCUGCCUGCCUGGCUGCUACUGCCCACAGGGCCUGGUGGAGCAGAAGGGGGCCUGUGUCCCGCCCUCUCAGUGUGGCUGCCUUCACUUCAACCAAUCGGAAGGCCCCACGUACCUGGCAGCAGGAGACACGGUUUGGAUUGGAUGCAAGGAAUGCCUGUGCCAGCGAGGGACGCUCCAGUGCAGCAGUGAAGGCUGCCAAGGCCUCCUCCCCCUCAGCGCCUGGUCCGAGUGGACGCCCUGCUCCGCCUGCCUGCCCUGGAUGGCCCUCAGCCCCGGCGCCGCCUCUGCCCUCCUGGCUCGGGACCCCCACGGGCCCGUGGAGGCCCCUCACCCCCACUCCGCCCUGGUGUCCGUGCAGCAUCGCUACCGGGUGUGUCUGGACCCCCAGACGGGCAAGCCGUGGGCAGGGCAGGCUGCCCUGUGCUCGGCGGACGUGGAACAGGAGCGCCUCUGCCCGGACCCUCACGCUUGCGAAGACUUCUGCCUGUGGAGUGAGUGGAGUCCCUGGAGCCCAUGUCGUGAGCCCUGCAGUGGGGGCUUCCGUGUGCGAUGGCGCUCUGCCCGCCACCCUGCAGGAGCGCAGCGCUGCCAGGGGCCGCGGUCACAGUCCGAGAGCUGCAACACAGCUGCCUGCCCAGGAGAGGCGUGUGAGGAUCGGGGCAAGGUGCAUGACCCAGCCUGUGCCAAUGGCUGCCCCCGGAGCUGUGUGGACCUCUGGGAGCACGUGGAGUGUCUGCAAGGAGAAUGCAAGCCAGGCUGCCACUGCCCUGAAGAGAAGCUCCUGCAGGACGGGGUGUGCGUGCCGGUCCCCACAUGCCGCUGCGGACUCCCUACAGCCAACGGCACCCUGGAGUACCUGCCUGGGCAGGCUGCCAGGCUGGAGUGUCAUAACUGCACCUGUGUGAACGGCACCUUUGAGUGUCCGGAGCAGGAGUGCCCAUCCUACGGAGAAUGGUCCCCUUGGAGCCCCUGCUCAGCCAGCUGUGGAGGGGGGAGUGCCCUAAGACACCGCCCUUGCCACGAGAGCCCCGGAGGAGCCCCCUGUGCUGCUGAAGACAUGGAGGAAGUGGCCCAGUGCACCCCACAGCCCUGUCCUGGGGCCUGCCUGCUGAGCGAGUGGUCCGCGUGGAGCCCCUGCAGCGCCAGCUGUGGUGGAGGCACGUCUGAGAGGAGCCGCAGCCCGGUCUCCCCCCUGGGGGACCCGUGUCCCUCCCCGCUGCUGCAGCACCAAGCCUGCAACACACACAACUGCACCCCAGAGUGCCCGGGGGUCCAAGUCUUCAACACCUGUGCCAACGCCUGCCCACAAGCCUGCUCGGACCUGCGCCCAGAAACCCAGUGCCUGCAGGAGGGGUGCCAGCCCGGCUGCUCCUGCCCCUCUGGCCAGGUGAUGCAGGACGGGGCGUGCGUCCCCGCGGAGGCGUGUCGCUGCUCCCUCGGCCCGGCCUCGGCCUUGCCCUGGGCUGCCAACCUGUCGCAGGAGGAGCAGGCCAAGGAGUACCCGCCUGGCACGGUCAUUCAGCACGAGUGCAACAGCUGCGUCUGCCGUAACGGCACCUUCACCUGCAGCCAGGAGCCCUGUGAUGUGCCGUUCAUUUGGGCAGAAUGGUCUCCCUGGUCGCCCUGCUCUGUGACUUGUGGCCCCGGAGAGCAGACCUCCCGGCGGCACUGGCUGCAGCAGCGGCUGUUUGGCGGCACUGAGUGUGAAGGCCACGCCGUGCUCCAGCAGCCUUGUUCCCUCCCAGACUGUGCCUGCCCUGACGGAGAACUCUGGCUCCAGCCCGACUCUGCCGGCCGGUGCGAGCGGAGCUGCUCCCAGAUCUACGAGGACCCCCCGCAGAACUGCAGCAGGGGAGCAGAGGGGGGCUGUGCGUGCCAGCCCGGGCACUACCGGAACGGCAGCGGGCACUGCGUCGUGGCCGCACACUGUGAGUGUGAGCACGGAGGCCGGGUUUACUCGGCUGGGGAAGAGUGGCACGUGGGCUGCGAAACCUGCCGCUGCUUGAACGGGAAGGCCACCUGCGGGACUGGCUGCCCUCCACUCACCUGUCUUGAGGGAGAAGCCAAGGUACAGGAUCCUACCGGUUGCUGCCCCGUCUGCAGGAAGGAGGUGCUUGAGGAGCCCCCGUCCUUUUGUCAGCACUACACGGAACUGCGCAACAUCACCAAAGGGCCCUGCUUCCUGGCAGAGGUGGAGGUGAGCUACUGCAGCGGGCGCUGCCCCUCCCACACCAAUGUCAUCCCCGAGGAGCCCUACCUGCAGACCUUGUGCGACUGCUGUAGCUACCGCCUGGACCCGGUGAGCCCGGUGCGCAUCCUGAACCUGCAGUGCGAAGGGGGUGAGACGGAGCCAGUGGUCCUGCCCGUCAUCCACAGCUGCGAGUGCAGCAGCUGCCAAGGUGGCGACUUCUCCAAACGCUGA